GGGGUAUCGAGGGGCUCCAGGGCCUCCUGUCCCCCUCUAGGGUUCCCCUUGGGCUCCUGCUGUCCCCGUCCCGCGUGGGGACCCGGUCGGGUGUUUCUCCCUCCCACGGGGUCUACGCGUUCCCCCGUAGCGGCUCCUUCUCCCGCAACUUCUCGUAGCCCGGGUGGGGGCUGCGGGGCUGUUCCCCGUCCCCGGUGCGGCCCCCGCCCCUGAGCCCCUUGUCCCGCAGACCAUGUCGCCGGACGAGGACGUGCAGCGGCUCCUGAUCCAGUUCCGGGACGAGGCGGGGGAGUCCCUGGGCUCCCCCUUCGACGUCCCGGUCACCAUCACCCCGGACAAGCUGCAGCUGGUCUGCAACGCCCUCCUGCAGAAGGAUGAGCCGGUACCUCUGGCCUUCUUCGUCCAUGAUGCCGAGAUCGUGGCGUCGCUGGAGAAGACCCUGGCGGGGCAGAGCGUGGAGACGGAGAAGGUCCUGGACAUCAUCUACCAGCCGCAGGCGGUGUUCAGGGUGCGGGCGGUGACCCGCUGCACCAGCUCCCUGGAAGGACACACCGAGGCCGUCAUCUCCGUGGCCUUCAGCCCCACGGGAAAGUACCUGGCGAGCGGCUCUGGAGACACCACCGUCCGCUUCUGGGACCUCAGCACGGAGACGCCACAGUUCACGGCCAAAGGUCACCGGCACUGGGUGCUCAGCAUCGCCUGGUCGCCCGAUGGCAAGAAGCUGGCUUCGGGCUGCAAGAACAGCCAGAUAUUUCUCUGGGACCCAGCCACGGGCAAUCAGAUCGGCCGGGUGCUCUCUGGCCACUCCAAAUGGAUCACGUGUCUGUGCUGGGAGCCGCUCCACAUAAACCCAGAGUGCCGCUAUCUGGCGAGUGCCUCCAAGGAUGGCAGCAUCCGCAUCUGGGACACGCUGAUGGGCAGGUGUGACAAAAUCCUCACAAGCCACACACAGUCAGUGACAUGUGUGAAGUGGGGAGGCGAUGGCUUGCUCUACUCUUCCUCCCAGGACAGGACCAUCAAAGUCUGGAGGACCCAGGACGGGGUCCUGUGCCGCACCUUGCAGGGCCACGCUCACUGGGUGAACACCAUGGCCCUUAGCACUGACUACGUUCUCCGCACCGGUGCCUUCGAACCUGCUGAAGCCACCAUCAACCCACAGGAUGUGAGCGGCUCCUUGGCAGAACUGAAGGACAGGGCACAGCAGAGGUAUGACCAAGUCAGGGGCAAGGAACCAGAAAGGCUCGUCUCGGGCUCAGAUGAUUUCACGCUGUUUCUUUGGAGACCAGCAGAAGACAAGAAGCCACUGGAGAGAAUGACGGGCCACCAAGCAUUGAUUAACCAAGUCCUCUUCUCGCCAGACACCCGGCUAAUAGCUAGUGCUUCCUUUGACAAGUCCAUAAAGCUCUGGGAUGGUAGGACAGGAAAAUACCUGACGUCGCUGAGAGGACACGUCUCGGCUGUGUAUCAGAUCGCCUGGUCAGCCGACAGCCGCUUGCUGGUGAGCGGGAGCAGUGACAGCACGCUGAAGGUCUGGGAUGCCAAGACAAAGAAACUGGCCAUCGACCUCCCCGGCCAUGCAGACGAGGUGUAUGCAACAGAUUGGAGCCCGGACGGACAGAGGGUAGCGAGUGGAGGGAAGGAUAAGUGUUUGCGGAUAUGGCGUCGAUAGGAGCAGUGACAUGAAGCCACCAGUCCUGUCCUAAGCUGGCCUGCCCUUACCACAAUCUGCCUGGGAGAUCUGCGAGGUGAUGGACAAUGGAGGCUGACUGGAGCACGACUCCCUGUUCCUGUUGGCUGCUCUCCCUCAUGGACUCUUUCCUUAUAUUUAUUUAAGGAAAUUUUAAUUCUAGUUCUUAUUAAGAGCUGUGCUUUGCAGGAUGAUUUCCUCUGAAUAUUACAGGAGGGAUAUCUCAUCUGC